AUGUCUGUGUUAUGGUCAGGGAAGAAGUUAGCGGCCGGGUGCACGUUUGAGGAGGACUCUGAGCCCAGCCUGUGUGACUUCAGCCAGGGGGAUGAUGAUGACUUUGACUGGAUGUUGUUUCGCUCGUACGGAGCUCCAUCCUCCAGCUCCGACCUGCUCAAGGAAGGAAACAGCCUUUUGCAGCCGCACACGGCCGCGGGGUACCACCGGAAGAGCCACUGCAUAGUUUAUGAGGAGCCUGGCUUUACCAAGCACCUUUGGGGAGCUGACAAGUGCCGAGUGCUUGUUUAG